UGCCCGGUGUUCACGGAGAAGGCAUGCUCUUGCCACAGACAGGAAUGAAACGGUGGUGGAAUAUUUACUGAGAAUGUGUGGUAAACGGAUACUAGCCCUAAUGUUCAAUACGCCCUCAUCGUAGAACUUAAAAUAAUAUUCGCUUUUUCUACAAGUUUGCAGAGCAAAUUUUAUUUGGUCUUUAGUGUUUGUCAAACCUUUGUUGCCGACCCACCUAACUAGGCCACCUACUGACAUCUGACCGUCCCCAUUUGUCGCUUGACGGCUUUUUUACAGACUCCGACUCACACCCUGAAACAAUUUCGCUGCGAACGACUCAAAUAGAAGGAUCCCAGCGGUUAAUGGGAUGUUAGUGGCGUGGAGGCGGGGCCAGGACUGACGGAGCAUGGUGAAGCACCAACCCCUGCAGGUCUACGAGCGUCAACUGUGUUUGUCAUGUCUAACUGGGAUCUACGGAUGCCGCUGGAAACGCUACCAGCGGUCACAUGAUGACACCACCAAGUGGGAGCUCCUGUGGUCCCUCAUCCUCCUCUUCACCUUCUCUCUCCUCCUCGUCUGGUUCUACUUCUGGUGGGAAGCUCACAACGACUACAAUGAGUUCAACUGGUUCUUGUAUAACCGCUCCGGGGAGUGGAGCGAUGGGACGGUGCCCAUCUUGGCCACCACAGCCGCAGGCUUCACCUACAUUACAUUUUUAACGAUUUUAGCUCUUUGCCACAUAGCAGUUGGGCAACAGCUGAACCUGCACUGGCUCCAUAAGAUAGGAGUGAUUGCUGCACUUCUCACCACCAUCAUCGGGAUCAUAUCUGUCAAUCAAACAUGGGGCCAGGAAUGGGAUAUCAUCCCCAUAUCCCUUCAGGCCACUGGUCCUUUCCUCCACAUAGGGGCCCUGCUGGCCAUCACUGCUCUGGCCUGGUUGGUCGCUGGCCAGGUCGCCCAUGCUGAGAAAACGAGGUUCCAGAUUGGAGUCCUGCUUCUCUACCUGGGGGUGCUACUGGGGCUCUACGUGGCCCCCCUCUCCAUCACCUCCCCCUGCAUCGUGGAGCGCUCCCGCCUCAAAUCACGCCCCGACGUCAUUGGCCACCAGGGAGCCCCCAUGCUGGCUCCAGAGAACACGAUCAUGUCCUUUAGGAGAGCUCUGCAGAUGAACGUUACUGGGCUGGAGUCUGACGUGGCCAUCAGCGCGGACGGGGUGCCUUUCCUGCUGCGAGACCGCACCCUGAGGAGAACGACAGACGUGGAGAAGGUCUUCCCUGACAGACAGAUGGAGGAGGCCUCCUUCUUUAACUGGACCGACCUGAGGGGCCUCAAUGCUGGACAGUGGUUCCUCAAGGAAGACCCAUUCUGGACGGUGCAUUCCCUGUCCCAGCGGGAGCUGAGGCAGGCGGCCAACCAGAGCAUCUGCAGCCUGGAGCAGCUGCUGCGGCUGGCCGCCCCGCACAACACCACCGUGGUGUUCACCCUGAGGAGGCCCCCGCCCAAGCACCCCUGCCACCACAGCUGGAUCAAUGACACUCUGGAGGCCGUACGGCGGGCGGGGGUGCCCCAGAACCUGGUGAUGUGGACCCCAGAUGAGGAUCGGGGCGUGGUGAGGAGGGAGGCUCCGGGUCUGCUGCAGACGUCCAUGGAGAAGCUCCCUCCUUCAGACCUCCAGCAGCAGGGCAUCAGCCGGCUGCUGCUCCGCUACAACCAGGCCAGCGCCCGGGACAUAAGGGAUUUCUCUAGGAGCAACAUCAGUGUGAGCCUGUACACGGUCAAUGAGCCCUGGCUCUACUCUGUGCUGUGGUGUAGUGGGGUCUCCUCUGUCUCCUCUGAAGCCCCACACAUCCUCAAAAAGGUGCCUUACCCCAUCUGGCUAAUGAGUCCAGAUGAAUAUUGCCUGAUCUGGGUGGCAGCCGACCUCAUCUCCUUCGCGGUAGUUAUAGGAAUAUUUGUAUUCCAAAACUAUCACAUGAUCAGGUGGAGGAUGAGUGGCAUGCGCAGCUACAACCCUGAACAGAUCAUGCUGAGUGCUGCCGUGAGGAGGGCCAGCAGAGAUGUCAACAUCAUGAAAGAAAAGCUCAUCUUCUCUGGUCGGCCGCAGUAGCAGCCUCAUCCUGUGUGUGCGACCACCACCUCCACCUCCUCUCCACCUCCUCUCCAUCUGUCCAUCUUCCUCCGGCGACAAGCGCUUCGCUCCAUCCCUUCAUGCCUCCAUCCCUCCCCUCCCCAGUCUCUGUCCGCCCCGCUGCCCUCCUCCCUCCUUCCCUCUGCCUUCCCUUCCGUCACCCGUCAGAACCCUUCGUCGUGUGUGAGGGGGUCAGGGCUUGUAGACAGCCCAGUCUGGUUCUCCAGCCAGUUGUGCUGGGGGAUGAAAGGUGAGUCAGACGAAGGGUAUUCACUGAUCAAUGAUCAGUACAAAAAGCCUUCACGAAAGUGUAGGCUUAAUUUAAAAUCCGGAAGCUUCUAUGGUCAUGUUUUGACUGAGUUGCACUGUUGUAGUGCCAAGCUGUUGAUAUGGUGUACUGAUUUAUUUACUGCCAAGAGAGAGCAUAUGUGGAUGGAAAGAUUGUGCUAACUGAAUUCCCUUUCAUCUGGUGCCCCCCAGAGGUGAGCAAUGGAGUGAGCAGUGCUGAGGAGUACAUGGAAAACGGCUAUGAUGACUACUACACCAACCAAGGCAUCUCUCACUGACUCAAACUCACCCAAUGGGAAUCUACUGACAGACACACUGCUCUACUGUAGCAGGAGGGAACCGAAAACUAGGAGGGGGAGGAACCGAUCUCCAAGUAACUUGAUUGUAAGAUAGUUUUGGUUCUCAUUCAGUGCAUCCACGUCGUUUUCAGUCUAUUGCUCUGUGCUACUGAUUCAUUGAGAGACUGCUGUAUCUCUGCUGAAAACCUGGUCACCACCCAUCCAUUGCUUAGUGUGCAUUCUGUAAAUAAGUAUUGCUUUCACUUGUCAUAUGUGGGACCACAAGCACUUUUUAUUGCUGAACUGAUUAGCCAAAAUAUGUGGACUCCACUCCAUCUUCUAGUUGUUUUGGAAGCACAUCAGUUUCCCAUGCUUGCUUCUUCAAAGAAAUGUCUUAAUCUUAUAAGCUCUACUGGUGGUUCUGAUCUUUUGGUGGUUUCUCAGAUCUGUCACUUUAUGGUAUGCACUGCAGACAGUCAUAUGGCAAAAUGCUAUUCAACUUAUUUUGUAUUUCUUGAACCAAUAUUUCAGCAUGAAUCUUGAUGUGUAGCGUGUGCCUGCCUUGUUUUGGCACACCAGUGCAGUAAACUAACUUUAUAUAAAAAAAAAUAAGAACAAAAACACAAACUGUUUACAGAGGUCUUGCCUUCUCCUCAGAGUGAAAUAUUUACAAGCUGUAACAAUUAUUUUAACAGACAUGGAACAUUUCCUUCAUGCAUGUAGUAACAAUAUCAAGUGACCUGUGAGCUGAGCUCUUGUGUCGGGUUGGUAAAAUGUCUACAGGAUGACUUGUGAAGUUAUUCUUUUUGAGUUUGUGAAUGUAUUUUUUUAAAGAAUGUGUAUAAUGUAUUGUGCGUAUUACGACUGUGUAGACAUUUUACUAGAAGUGUGCAGUUGGCGUGUUCGUGUGCUUACAGGUAACUGCACAAAAUGGUUGUUUUUAGAUGCUAUGGACGAUUGAGACAUUUGAUUUGAAACGUGAUCGUGAUGCAUAAUAGCAAUAGUGGUGAAGUGAUCAAAGUCAAGUAAUAAUCUCUGUUCUUUGCUGAACAUCUUCAUAAUUCAAAUGUAUCUUUGUGGUUUUAGAAAACAAAAAAUGCUUCAUCUCAUAUCUACUGUUUUAAAGGGUAACAAGAUAUUAAUAAAUAAAGUGGAGUUUCUUGACUGUGAAAGUUGCUAUAAGCUGUUAUGGUAGGCUAUAUUACAAUGGUUCCCAUUGGUAUUAUUGUGCCUCAGAAGUGAACAUUAAAAUGCUUCUGGUACCAAAGUUCUUUCCUGGUAUUGUGUUUAUUAUGUAAAGUUUGACCUGAAUCCCAUAGUGACCUUGAAGGUUGUUUUUUUUAGUAAUGCCAGUCUGUAUUUAUGAGUGUCCUUUAUUGUACUACAUAUUUGUUUUGGAUGCUUUGUGUUGUCUUGCAAAUUACAUAUGUAUGGGAAAAUAAAUGUUAGUUUGAAUGGG